AUGCCUCCACGUUCGAAGCCAAAAAAACAAUUCAGCUUUCAUAGUCUUCGAGCACGCUUUGCGGGGCAACCUCAGUCUCUUCCGGAAGAGCCGCCACAUCUGGAGGAACUGAACAUCCUGUACCCAGCGUCCGCUCCGGCGAAUCUCAAGGAUUGGGAUCCUUCACAGCUCAUCGAUGGAGGGUAUCCCACACCAUCUCCAAGUGCGUCUCCCUCGACAUCUUUCCCGAACGAAAAAUCUCUCCCCUCGUCUCCUACUCCUGAACGCCCACCAACGCCCAGAAAGUGCGCAUUCAACAAGUUGAAAGAAGGCAUGAACGACCAUCCGGUUCAAGUCCCGAGUCUUCUUCAUGCGUUAGACGAGAUCGCCAAGGUUCACGUCACGAUAUCGGUCGCUGUGCUGGCUUUCAAAGCCGCUUAUAAUAUGGUUAGGACCAAACGGGAUAACGAUAAGAGGAUCAUGGUAUUGCUUGCAGCGAUGCAAGACAUGUUCAUUGCUCUCCUUCAGGCUCACCGUCGCGACAGGCUCCAAAAUACCAAAGACCCUCAUAUCGUUUACCCCGGAGGGGAACUGCUUCAGGGACGUCUCCAACACGUGUGCGACAGGGCAGCGCGGAACAUUAGGGAGUGCAUGAACUUGUGCGACAAGUACCAGAAGACGAGUACCGUCACCAAAGUUCUACGCAGCCAGAAUUGGGACACGAAGCUCACCAGCUACGUCACCAUAUUUGCGGAGCGGAGGCGAGAUUUCGACCUUGCGUUGCUGAUCCAUACUACGCAAGCGUUGGAUACCAUGGAAUCGACCAUGGAAGAGAUGAGUAAGAAGCUCUCUGAGCUUACCUCGUUGCUGCUUGACGCAUACCGCCGAGACUGGAGACCGUCUGAAGAGUCUGAGCUUGCGCAGAAAGUUGCAGAUAUGGGAGGGGCAAAGCUCGUGGAGAAGAAUGACUCCGCUUUGAGCGAGCUGGUCCACUUGAGUUCUCGCAGUGCUGGUCACUCAACAGUGCUACAAAACAAGAGCCUUGCUUUCUCGCUGCAGGAGCUGAAGGACGAGCUCCAUGAAGAUUGGGAUAUGGCCAUUGCGAGGAAUCUGAAAACGUUCGAAGGGAAGUUCAAUCUCUACCAAAGGCAGCUUCACGAUGAGCUUUUGCGCGUUACGCGUGAGGGGGCCAAACGUAUUAUCGACGAAAUGAACAGAGGGCCACAUGUCAAGAUAAAAAACGAGGACUGGAAGCUAAACGUUAAGGCUCGCACCUUCGUUAUGACAUUGCGAGACCAUUACCGCGACAGGGCCGACAACAUGUCUUUCGAUCGUGGCACAGGGGGCAAGUGGGCCUUCGAAUAUAUCAGCGCCAAGUAUCUUCAGCCUAUCAUGGAAGCAUUCGACGACGACGGCUCUGGCUACGUCACAUACCAGGAAGUCAAUGAGUUCGUCGAUGGAAUCCCAGAAGAAUUAGGAUGGACGCUCCCACACUGGGUUGCGUACUGGGCUGUCGGUUGGCAGGCGAUCUCGUGGUCUUAUGGUCAGAAGAUCUUGGGUCUGCUCAACCACAUGUUCUCCAUCCGAAGCAACCUUCUUCCCGAGAAUCGCUAUUGGGCUGAUUACUAUCUUCGAAAUGUGUGGCCAGUAGCCUUCGAGCUCGUCAAAGGCCUCCGCCCUGCGAAUUUUCCAGAGCACAUCGAGGCCAAGUUCCAGGCUUUCGCCGACAUAGAGGAAGAACGGAUUCGGCAGAACCUGCAUGACAUUCGGUUCGAUAUCGACGCACUCGAUACAGUAUAUGUCGUCGCCGGCCCCGGCCGCAUCGAGAAGUAUUUGUUCCCAUUGGUAUACCUCCUGCUCAAACGAGAUAUCGAGGUGUUCUACGUCGCCAAGAAGCUCGUUUUACACAAGGAAGAGCUCCUCGAUUCUGCCGAUAGUUUACUUUGGGUGUUCCGAGCUCUCAGUUAUCGGUAUCUUGACCUGAAAGGCGAACAGAACCAUCUCAAUGUGGACGGUCAAAUGAAGAUUGUCGCCUGUGGUUUGUUUGAAUUUCUACACAAUCCUUCGAGCCUAUGGACCUGGAAUAACCUGCAAGAUAUCACCUGCGUACCCGCUGCGGUAUCCAAAUUGGACAUUCCGGACGACAACUCCAUGACGGUCGAUAUCCUCAACUAUGAGCCGCAGAACGACCACAAGUACAAGUGCGAGAUCUACGAGGCCGUAGCAGAACAGGCAUCCGAGGUUGAUAAACACGCACCUAUGCCCGUUAGAGCAAUACUCCUACAGUGGAACGGUUUCAUUUACGACGAGCAGCGGUAUCCGGCCCAGGUCAUGCUCUCCUUCCGCGCUCAUGCAAUCUCUACUUCCGACCCGCAGCGCUUCUGCGCAACAGGCAUGCACAACGGCACGCCUUUCAAGGUAGCGGGGCGGUGUUUCCAAGAUCAUGAUGGAACCCUCCACGUCCGGUUCUCCAUCAUCUACGGCAAGGAAUACAGCGCGCAGUACUUUUACGGCCGCCUGAAUGACAACCUCGACAUCGUCGGCACAGUCGGCGGAGAGGAGGAUCCCCAGACACAUGAACAGCGUUUCUUUCUAAAGACCAAUCCCGCCUCGCAGUACUUACGAUAUCGACCAUCUCCGGCAGAGCUUAGUGCAGGCAAGGCUCGCGCGUUCUGGAACUAUGCGCUGUCCGCUGUUGUUCAUCGAAUAAGGAGGCAGCGUCUGACGUGGUCCAUCAACGAACGGCGAGAGAUUGGGAUGCGAUACAUCGAUAUGAGCAUACGCUUCGCGGUAUACGGGCAUUCUCCGAACGCGGAAGAACUGGAAGAAUGGACCAGAUGCAAACGGGAGGUGACUUCGAUCGACGCAAGCUUCUUCCGCGUUCUAAGGGACGCGAGGCUCAAUACGAUCCCUAUACACGACUGCCACUGCCGUGGAUGUGGCGGAAAGAUAGGCGGCUCGCGUGUUGUCUGCCUGGACUGUCUAUCUUCUGAAACCGAGGCGAAGACUGUCGACUUCUGUGAUAAACCAGAAUGCUGGCAAAAGACGAUUUCCGUUGACACGCGCCAGCCACAGAAGCAACACCUCUCUUCGCACGACGUCUUCAAGGUGCGCACGGUGCUGCACUCGGUUGACGUACCAAGUCUCCGCGAGCGGGCUCAGGCUGUACUGGACUUGUGCAGCGAGUACUUGCAAGGUUCGGAACGCUGUGGAAUGGAGGAUGCUGUCGAGGACGCAAUCGCGUUAUACUAUGACAGUGCAUCUAAACCCAGACACUCCACCGUCGGCAUGAGCGGACAGCAGUGUCACAUUUGUCGAGCGGUCCUGAAUGACGCUUGCUGGUCGUGUGUCAACUGUUUCGAGUCUGGCAAGUACAGAUAG